GUGGGGGCAUUUGCUUUUGUCACCAAAUUCAUUCAUACUAAUAACUGGCAAGCAAUUUGACAAAAGAUAGCAACAGGAAAGAAUCGCAACAAGUUCAAAGAAAAGAGGAGGAAACAACUCCAAACGUGUUGAUCAAUUUCAACCUUGCUAUUGCGUUCGCAUUGAGAGUGAUGUAAAGCAACUCUACCCUAAAUAAUUUCAGUUCUCCUAUUCAUCUCUCUCUCUCUCUCUCUCUCUCUCUCUCUCUCAUCCUCACCUAUCUAUCUUAUCGCUUAAGGCUCGUGGGGAGGGGGAUUUGGGCACAUAGGCGCUGGUUUUGGCGCUCGAGCGGAUGAAAAACGUGUCGCUUGAUCUGUGCAAGAGAAGGCUUGAGUCUGGCUAUUUCUUUCGUUGUUGAAGAAGUGGGUUUGUAGUACUCACAGAUCCUGAGAGGGGAGAAAAGGGGUGGAGAGAGAAUGGAUAAGUUACAAUGGGGGAAAAGAAAGCGCCUGCGUUGCGUAAAGCAGGGGGAAGAAAAGGGUGGAGAGAGAAUGGAUAAGUUACAGUGGGGGAAAAGAAAGCGCCUGCGUUGCGUAAAGGUGGUCAAAGACUCUUCAGUUUUGGGGGAAAAAUCAGCCGCCGCAGGCGUCGGUGAUGGUGCUGUGAGGAAGGAAAUUACAUCUCUUGUUGUUGGCAGUGUUGCUGCGGAUGCUAAUAGACAAAUCUACCCUCCUCUUCUCCAAUCGCCUCCUUGUCUCGGCAGGGAUUUGGGGGAGGAUGAACAAAUCAAGUUUGAACGACAACACGAAAGUGGCAACAAUUCAGUUGUCACCGGAGAGCGAAGAUCGAUAUUAUCCAACUCCGGGGGUCAAUAGGAUUGGAUCAUGAUAAUGAAAAGUUGUUUACGGAGCCAAGGAGGGAGGAAAAUAAAGGAGUGUUGUGUGGCCAAAAGGCCUAAAACUACUUAUAUGUUACCUUGUUAAGCAAAUAAAAGGAGAUAAAAGGAGGAAGAUUUUAUGGCUAUGAAAGGGUGUAAACUAACGAGGUAUAUAUGGGAUAAAUGGAGUUACAAUUUGCAGUAAA